AAACCAUCGAGAAACACCGAGCUUAUUGGACUCCGGAGAAGAGAAUGAAACAACGAGAAACAAGUCGUAGACUGAGAAUCGGAAAGGUCUUAAGCGAAGAAUCAAAGAAGGACAUGAAACCAAAGAAAACAGGUAGAAUAGUCAGUGACGCAACUCGAGAGAAGAUGCGAAAAGCUCAUUUGGGUCAUAAGCCAAGUGAAGCUACAAUACAAAAGAUACGAGAAACCAAAAAACGAACAAGGGAGCAAAGGGAGCGAAAGAGUGAUAAGCAACCACCAGACAAAGAGGCAAAAGGGUAAAUAGCCUUUGUGCUCUGCACCGUAAAUUCAUGGGCUUUGUUUGCGUACACUAUUUUCUUUGUUUAUGUAGCGCCUUCGUGAUUGUGUAGAAUUGCUGUGCUCGAUGCUCUUGAGUAGCGGCAGAUCCAUGUAAUGCCUUCUGUUCUUUUAUCAAGCUCUCACUACCAGAAAGUGCAAAGAUGUUGAUUCGCUACUUAUUCAUCCUCGCAUGUAUUUGCAGACUUUUUUUCGCAUAUCCUAUCGAAACUUCAAACUCAGACUUUGGUUCAAGUGAUCUUCUGAUUUCUGUAAAGCCAGCUAUCUCUCCUUAUCUUGAUGACACAGCUUCUAGCGCCUUGCUUGUUCAACAGUCUUUAGCAAUGCCUAAACCUAAACCAGAAAUAAGAUCACCACCUGUACAAAAAGCCAGAAAGCCAACAUACACUAUCACGCCUUCUCAUCGUGCAAAGAUUUCUGCUGCUUGGACAAAGGAAAGAAGGGAAAGACAAAGCUUACUCUUUCGUAAUCGUCUUUUGGGUCAAACUCAUUCAACUGAAAGGAAGUUAAAAGUAAGUCAAGCUUUAAUGGGAAGAACAACAAAGCAAGAAGUAAGGGAAAAACUGCGACAAGCUUCAUUAGGCAAGCGUAAAAGCGAAGCUACUAAGCAAAAGAUAUCCGAAUCAAUUAAAAGAGUAAUACAAAGAAAGAAGGAAAUGCUACAGAUCAUUGACAAAACACCACUGAAAGACGAUUAAGCUACCUUACACGGGAUAUUUCGUUCAUAGUCACAACGGUGCUUCGUCCUGAUCGAAGAAAUGUAGCAUCCCUAUCUGAGGAAUUAUCCUGUUUUACUCAUAAAAGGGCGUCUAUUUUUAUUUGCGUGAC